AAGGUCUCAAGUUGAAGUUUUGAAAACAGCCACCGACUACUGAAAACACCCGCAUACACAUACGUCGUCAGUCAGGAAAAUGAAGAUCGUCGACGUAACAGAGGCUAAUCGUUUUCUUGUGGCGUUUACGGAAGCUGCGUUUCAGGACGAGCGGAAACGCACCGAGCAACGACAAAAGUUUCGAGCACGUGGGUUUUGUAAUCGAGUAAUCGAGUAUCUUGGGGAGCUGGAAGUUGCGAAAAACAAGGAUGGGACCGAGGAGCGGCGCGUGCUUUGUACCAGGAUUCGUCUGGGACCCGAAGGUAAAACGAAGCGCUUGAUGCGCGAGUUCGGAAGUCACAGGUUCAUCAGCAUGACCAUGCGAGCAAGUGAUUGGAAAUCCGUGCAGACUUUCGAAUGCCUCGGGAAUGAGUACCAGCGCUACAUGGUUUCCUCCAAGAAGAAAAAGAAGCCGCCUGCUGCAAAAAAAGACGGUGCUUUGAAGUGCGAAGAGGAAGAGUUGAUAAUUGCAGGCGACAAGAAUUCUCUGUUUAAAGAUGGAGAGUGGGGACUCGUCACUGUGCAUUUUUUUGCCACACGUGGUCCCUUUGCUAGGCCGGAUAUUUCUCUGGUAGAUCUGUACCGGUCGCAGAUGGUCGACGCCGACAUCCUGAAGUUGAUGAGCAGCGGCAAGUUGCUGAAACGCAUGCAAUUGGCGAAGUCAGACGGAAUUCUCUCCGAUUUCCAGUUUACAAGAGAUCACUUCGUGAAUUACAACGAUCGCAAGGUUGGCGACUUCAGUUUUUCCGACGGUUGCAGUUUGAUGACAUGGAAGCUUGCACAGAAGGUAUUUGCGGAAACUCCAUUAUUUCGUCAAACCGGAGAAGUCCCCGCCGCUACGCAAUUUCGUCUCCCCGGCGUUAAGGGCGUAGUGUGUGUCCUUUCCGAAGUGGCAAUGGUAGGGAUUAAGGCAGGCGGAGGACGAGAAGAAAAGACACUUGUUCUUUUGCCCCACAGUCAACUUGGUCCAGGAGGUCGUUUGCCGCAACACGUACACUAUGAAUACGACGCGGUUUUUCAUUCCCAGACCGACGAAAAGUUUUUUCUCUCAACAUCGACGCAAAUCAAAUUUCAAGCUGCGCAAGACCGCUCACAAUGGAGGUUCGAAAUUUUGAGCGACUCUCUUUCCAUGGCAAAGCCCAUCGGGGAUCGCGAGGUGUCGCACGAGGUCGCGCUGUGCCUGGGCGGAUUGGCUGCGAGGCAGGGUAAAUCGGACGCAUAUCGUCAUGUGCUAGAACGGAAAAAACGAUGGAUCUUCGACAGAGCUGCACAAGACGCGAUCCAGACGACCCUAGAUGCAAAUGGUCCAGAAAAUGCACACGAGUUUUUUUCGCAGAUGGAGAUGGAAUACAAGAAAUUUCUCUGGGCCACCGGUAGUCAGUUUUUCCGAAAGUUCGUAUUUCGAAAGACCCUGAAGCUGCUCGUUGUUGCCGAUUUUGAUGCCAUCAUGCCGCGUGGUCAUAUCAUCGUCAAAGCGGGCGGAAGAUUUCUUGAUGGGAAGUGUGCAAUGUGUCGCACGCCGACCAAUUUGCCGCACGACGUGCAGACGUUUCAAGCAAUGAAUGAGGCGCAGAUUCGAUACUGGUGGCGGGAGUCGUUUGUCCACAAGCCGAGUCAGCUGCUCGAUGAGUACGUAAUGGUCAGCUCGAAGAGUGGCACCACCGAGUCGACGACCGCUCCUGUGAUGGACCUGCUGUCGGGCGGUGACUUUGAUGGCGACACCGUCUACGUAAUUUUCGAUCCUGACAUCGUUGAUCUUAUCGGUAAUACGUCGCGCGAACGGAGUGUCGCCGUAACGCGUGCGAGCGAGUGUUUGGACACCAUGAUAUCGCGGCAUACGCGGAAAGCAGCCGAAGAACAUGUUGCUGAGUCGUCAAUCACUUGCGCUGCAUUGGACGCAGCGAUCGUGCGUGAGGGGGAGGAGAUGUUCAACAGCUCGAAAACUAUUGCCAGCAUGUCUGCAAACUGGUAUUUUUGUGCGGAUCUCCUCGGCACGGAUCACGAGGCCACGGUCCUCUUCGGCGUUGCUUACCAGUUCGCUCUCGACGGUAAAUUGCCUGACGCGCUGUGUGCAGAAGUUCGUCGCUACGUGAGGGGAAUGAACAUCAACGGUCUUGGUCUGUGCGACCUUGAGGAGAAUGUGAUGCCUCAGUGGAGAGCGUGUCACAAGUUCGGAUACUGGAAAAAUAAAGACAAACACCGCAACCCAGGCAGCUGGAUGCAGCAAUUGUGUGACGACAGCGUCAACGAGUACCCCAAUGCUUUCUUCGAGAACGAGCACUUUAGAGAGACUGGCGACCGUUUGGUGCAGGCUUUGCCGGAACACGACGCCGGCGCAAAAAAGGUGCGACAUCUUUGGGACCGACUGAAGAACAUUGAAGAAACCUGUGCAGAGAAGAGUAAAAAAGUGUAUAUUCUGAAGAAGGAAACCGAAGCCUUCAGUCUCAACCGUGACCAUCCUUCCGUUGCUGACGCUGCGUGCCCGUCUGUGGAAAUGAUUACCAAUAGCACUCCCAACGGGAACGGUCACCAUCAUACUGGUCAUUUUUUUAUGCAUAGUAAAAAAAAGAAACGACGUGUAUUGAAGCAACGGCACAGACUGACUCAGCAUAGACCCGUUUCAGCGAAUAUGAGGGUUAGAGUUCGUGCUUUGCUAGAGGUUUGGACAGGAGACAUCAUAGAUACAUAAAAGUAAGAUGCGUGAGUACUUGUGUCUUAUUAAGAUCUUGGCUAGAGCCGAUGUUGUGAAAGAGAAAAGGUUCUUCUCCUUUAAUUCGAUAGUCAGAAGCGUUCAGUGAUCAAUGUCGUUUCUUUAGUGAGUAUGACCAGCACACUUAAUUCCGAAGCGACAAUCGCGCCGCCCUCCGCUGACGCGGCACCACUCCGCAGCGAUAAAAUAUUCCGUGAGCUGGUGAAUCAACUCGGUCUUUAUGCCGAUGCCGUGAAGCAUGAGGAAGGUUCCCAGGCAGCGGAUACUUUCAAAGAGCUGCAGAAAGAAAAUGCGGCUCUGCGGGAAAGUCUUCGUCAAGCAAAUCAAGAAAGGAUGACGGAAGCCGAUAAACGGAAAAUCGGUGACCUUGAGCAAGAGCUGCAACGAGCGGAGGAAAAGACCGCGGAAUCUGAAAGCCUUCGCCUGGAAAACCGAAACCUGCACUCGCUGCUACAAGAGUGGAGGGCGCCACGGCGGCUGUCGUUUUUUUCCAGAAAUGGGAGGAUGACCGUCGCGAAAAUUGCAGACGCGCUGAAUUGGACAAAGGGGUUUUCGCAAUCGGAGGAGUCGGAGGUGACAUCUGGGAUUUUUAGGGCCAUUAAUAACGCCAUUCAACUAAGAAACGAGAAAGAAGAACUACUGAAUUUCGCGGAGGCAUUUUCGAAUAUUACCGAUUGGAAGUAUGUUCCUUUUAUAGGUUUUGGUAUGACCCUAUUCACCUCUGGAGAGUACUGGCACCAAGAGCGUUUGAAUUUUCAAUUUCCAGCAGAAGAAGAUGACAAUGCUCUGCGCAUAUGUGUCUUCAAGGCUUUACGUCGCCGCGAAUCAACGGGCCACAAGAAACCUACGAUGUACUACAGACAUGGAAUAUGGUAUGUAAAUGAAUAGAUGAUGAGAGGGCCGGAACGACUAUGCACCCUGCAGCUGUGGUGUGUCCGAUACCUCAUCUAUAACGGGCUGAAAACAAAAAAACUGAAUGAAUAAUUGUUCAUACGGGGGAUUCAUUUCAUUUAUUCGCUUUUUCAU